AGACAGAGUCGGGGCUGCUGCGCCGUGUGCUUUCCAGUCAAAGCGAGGAGGAUCGCUGUGUCUUUAAAUACCCUUUUUACAGCUCAUUUAAUAUCGCUUAUCCACAAAAUGGUCAUUAAAGUCUUCCUGGCAUCCUCCUCGGGAUCGACGGCGAUCAAAAAGAAGCAGCAAGAUGUUGUCGGCUUUCUUGAGGCUCUUAAAAUCGAUUACGCACAGCUUGACAUUGCUUCAAAUGAGGAUAACCGAGCGUGGAUGAGGGAAAAUGUUCCCGGAGAAAAGAAGCCCACCAAUGGAAUUCCUCUUCCUCCACAGAUUUUCAACGAGGAGAUGUAUUGUGGGGACUACGACACAUUCUUUGAUGCUAAAGAGGACAACACAGUCUAUGAAUUUUUGGGUCUGACUCCUCCACCUGGAUCUAAGGAGGCACAACAAGCUGAAAAUUCACAAAAGCUUCAGAACGGAUCUGUCACAGAAGAGCAUCCUGAUGAUGACACAACAAGAAAGCCAGCUGAGGAGGAAGAGCAGGAAGAAGCAGAAGGAGAUAAGGUUGAGGACAACCAUCUGGUCUCAGAGGCAGAAGAUGAAUUGGUGUCUGAGGAGGAAGAAGAACUUCGAGAGCUUGAGGAGGAAGAAGAACACCCAUCAGAGGAAGACUAGUGCUCUGAAGCUGAGGAUUUUGGAUCUGGGUUUUCGCAAACACAGCUUGAAGUGACACCCCACAUGCCCUGGAGCCAUCAAAAAUCACCAAAAAAAUAGAAUAAAAUACCUUCACCGCAGCUUUACCCGAGCCAAAUGUGACACCACUGCAGCGGAGAAUAUGCACUCAGCACCCCAACUUCAAUCCCCCGUGACAACUGUGCCUUAUCCCAUUACUGAUGAGGCUGCAAAAUGCCUUUUUACGCUUGAGUUGCUUCAUCUUAAGUGGCGAGGUUCCAGUAAAUUUAAAGGGAUGUCUUUUUUUUUUCUUACUGUACAUAUAAAAGAUAAACUAACAUUGUGUAACUUUGUUCUGUAGAAUCCCAAAUAGUGCCGAACCACAUGAAUGUGCCGAAAAACAACACUUACAAAUACCUCUCUGUGUCUUAUAUUGUGAAAUACACUACCAGUGAAAGAUUGGACACACUUUGGCCUCGUUUACACAGUUUUUUUUUUUCGAUGCCCACUUCCUAUUUGUUGCCUAAAUCAGAUUUUUUUGACCGUGCGUUUACAUGUUCUCUUAAUUGUGACCCAUAUCUGAUUCAUGUGUUUACACUUGUCACACAAUUUACCACAUUGCGCAUGCGUAAAGGCGGGCUCUAGCAUCACCAGCCAAGAUGGAAGAAAUUGUCUUGCUUUUAGCUCUGCGAAAUAUGCGAAGUUCACCCAACUUGAAAAUAAACAUUUAAAAUGAAGUUUUAAAAUAAAAUUUUGAGGCGGAGGAGGAGGGAAAGGGCUGUCUUUGCAGGUUGCGCCUAUGGUUUAUAUAUAGUGUCCUCCACUGACUCAUCCAAAGGGCAAGAAGGCAGGUAACUUCUGUCGUUGAACACUGACCACUUUCCUCCUUCAUGUUUCCUCGCAUUGGCGUCUCCAUAUACGCUCUUCCUUCUUCGUCUACUAUUGUCGCAAGUUUAAUGACGUACAAAACAGAAUGCCUUAAUAAAUCCGAUCUGCCUGUUUACGUGUUAGUCGCAUUGUCACAUAUCUGAUUUAUUUCCACAUAUGAAGGAGGCCUGAAAUUGAUCUCUGAAUAUCCAAAUGCAUGUGUUUUUUUUUUCGUGUUUACACGGUUAUAGAACAGAUCCAACCUUUGUCACAUAUCAACAAAAAAUUGGAAUCGGGUCACAUUGAACUGGCAGUGUAAAUGCGGCCUUUGCUAAAUGCUAAUUACAUAGGAUUAGUAUUUUGACUUAACUUCAAAUUGAUAGGCUGUUUUCAAGGCAAUCACAUUAGCUAGCCUUAUUUUGUUGACACUAACACAGGCAGGGACUUGAUAUCCCAUUGUCCCUGAAUACUGGAAAUAUAAAACCGUGCAAGGUUAAAGAAAAAUGAUCCAAAUGACAUCAGGUUAAACAAGAACCAACUUUGUAUCUGUUUGUUUUCUGUAAAAGCCUGAAACUUUGAGAGAUUUCACUUUAAAAAGCCAACAUUGUCAAUAAAUGAAUAAACUUUUUGUUUAUG